AUGGAUACAACUCAAAUUGAAAAAAUAUAUGUUGCAGUUGGCUAUGAUGUGUUAGAUGGAUUUCAAACAUUGGAUUGGGCUCUCAAGAAAUGGAAUUCUCAUCCAAAUAUUUCUAUAAUCAUUUUACAUGUCAAAUACAACUCUUCCAAAGAUCAUGUUUAUACCCUCCUUGGAAAACUCCCUGCAAAAGGUGCAUGUGAAGAGACACUAGAACGUAUAAGGAAAUAUGAGGAAACCAUAAUCAACAAGCUACUCUCCAAGUAUAUAGCUUUAUGUGACAAAAUUCCAGCUGAAACAUUUGAGGUUGAGAAAUUUGAUGAACCAAUGCAGAAUAUCACUAUAGACUUGAUCUUUGGUCUUGGAAUAACGAAAUUGGUCAUCGGAUUUUCAUUCAUGAGACAUUCCUUGAAAUCUAAAGAUGCCAUGAAUGGAUUAUUCUAUGUUCAUCAGCACAAGCCUGAUUUCUGUGAAUUAUUCAUUAUCUGUGGAGGGAAACAAGUUUCACCAAGAGUGAAAAAUGAUGAGAUAACCAUGGAGGAUGAUAGUGGGGUCAAGGUUGCCAAAAUGAGAGAUAAGACAAGUUUUAAAUAUUGGAUAGAAAGAAUGUUUUGUGAUAAAACCAUUGAUUCCAACCAAACAAGUUCUAGCAGAUCACCAACUACCUCAACAAGUUUGGAGUCUCAUCUUGACCAAAAUCAGUGGGAACUUUAUAUGCAAGAAAUUGAGAAUUAUUUACAAGAGUUAAUGUCUUUACAUUUGGAUGAAGGAAGUUUUGGACAAGACAAUGAUGAUUCCUUCUUAAGUCCAAUUGAGCCAUAUGUCCAACAACUUAAAAAUUCCAAUAAUAAGAGUGCUGAAGAAAAAUUGGAGAUUGUCAUUGAUAAACUGAAUGAAGCUUAUAAUACAAUCCAAGUGGAAAGAAAAGAAGAAAAGGAGAAUUUGGAGAGACAUGCAAAAGCUGAAUGGGCGAUUUAUAUAUGCAGUCGUCGGGAAGAAGAACUUGAAUAUCUAAAAAGUGAAGAAGUGACAAAAAGGGAAGAGCUAAAGAAGGAACUUAAUGUAGAAAAAGAUCAAAUUUAUUAUAUUAGAACGUAUGUUGAAGAGAGCAAACAAAGGCUUAGCUCACUGCAAGAUCUACAACUAGACCUAAAAAAUAAACUUAAUGUUUCCACAUUGGAAGUUUCAGAAUGUGAAACCAAAUUAGAGAAAGUAAUGAAUGAAAGGACAAAUAUGUUAAUGGAGAUAGAGGAGUUAAGUAGACAAAGAGAUGUGUUUAACAAAAGGAUUAAAUUUUUCAAAGGAAAAGAUGCCACAAAAAUGUGUAAUAAGAUAAUAGAUAAUGGUUGUAGUUUAAGAGAGUACACAAAGGAAGAGAUCAUAAUGGCAAGUCACAAUUUUUCAGAACACUUUAGGUUGAAAUGUGGUGGUGAUUGGAGUAAUGUUUAUAAAGGACACAUUGAUCAUUAUUCCAAUGUUGCAAUCAAGAUGCUUCAUUCUAAUCUUGCCUUGUCCCAACAUGAUUUCCAAGCUAAGUUGAGGUCACUUGGUAGUAUUCGACAUCCUCAUCUGGUUGGUAUACUUGGAUUCUGCUCUGAGCCCAAAUGCUUAGUAUUGGAAUACAUGCACAAUGGCAGUUUGGAAGAAAACCUACCUUGCAAGACAAGAAAGAAGUUCAUAAGCUGGCAAGAUUGCAUAAGGAUAGCCAUAGAAGUUUGUUCUGGGCUGGGCUUUCUAAGCUCAUUUCAGCCCAGGCCCAUAACUCAUUGUCAUGUUUCUCCAUCCAACAUCCUCCUAGACAACAAUCUUGUUGCAAAGAUCAAACUGUUUGGUCUUCAUGAGUGCAAUAAUGAAUGUAAUGUUGGAUCAGAUGUGAAGGCAAUAGGGGUUUUGUUGUUAUAUUUAUUGACUGGAAGAGGAAAUUGGGUGCCCAUGGAUAUUGAGGAUUUUUUUGAUGAGAUUGGUGAAGAAUGGCCAUUGGAUGUAGCAAGAGAACUAUUGAGCUUAGCAAUGAGAUGCAUGUCCAUAAAUUUUGAGUCCAAUGAAGAAAUGAGUAUAACAAGUGUCAUGGGUGAACUCAAUGAGAUCAAAAGAAAGGGUUGUGACUCCAAUAAAAUGCCUAAUGUUUUUCUAUGUCCAAUCCUUCAAAAGGUAAUGAUAAAUCCACACAUAGCAGCAGAUGGAUUUUCUUAUGAGCUAGAAGCAAUAGAACAGUGGUUGCAAUCUGGGAAUGAAAUAUCACCCAAAAGCUUGAGGCUGAAGAACACAUUACUCUUCCCUAAUCAUAACCUUCGUUCCCUAAUUCAGUUCUGGCAAAGCAAGAAAUCAGAAGUUGUAAAAUAG